AGUAAAGGACUUUUAUUCAUUUGCAAGGCUUUCGCGUUUGACAAAACAGACAAACGUUGCCACUGGUUAUCUUUCACUAGCCUAGAAAAUGGAGUCAGGAAGAAACAUGACAACGCCUUUGUUCUCUACGAAAAGAAAGACUACAUCCGAAAUUGUAUCAUUGGCAAAGGAGCAACCUACAGGGGAAAUAUAUCGGUCACAAAAAGUGGGAUCGAGUGCCAAGCCUGGAAUUCGACCAUACCUCACGAACACAGAAUUUACGAAAUAACCACAGAAAAUUGCGAGGGACUGCACUAUACAGCCAAGCAUAUCAUUCAGGAGGUUGAGUGCAUGACGUGCAAUGGAGAAGGCUAUAGAGGUCCAAUGGAUCAUACCGAAACAGGCAAAGAAUGUCAACGUUGGGACCUUCAGAGACCACACAGACAUCCUUUUCGUCCAGAAAAAUACCCCGACAAAGGCUUUGAUGAUAACUAUUGCCGCAAUCCGGAUGGUAAACCGAGGCCGUGGUGUUACACGCUUGACCCAAACACCCCCUGGGAAUUUUGCUCAAUUAAAACAUGUG